AUGGCGACCAAGAGCUCGAGGAGAACAUAUACACUUCCUGCUGGCUUGAAGACUGUCGCUAUUUCUGUAAAGUCUCAAGCCGAGAAUCAUAAGUCCACUGGCCACAGCAAGUGGCACCAGGGUGAACGCAACACAAAGGUUGAAAAGGAGAACAAAGUAGCCAAGGCCCAUGUGCAGGCCAAGGCAUCAGGCAGGGACAAGUCGUCCACGGGUGAAGCCAAGGAGAGCGAUGAGGAUCCUGACUUUGUUACCCCUGAAGUCUAUGUCCAGUAUCUCGAGAAUUUCUUCCUCUUCCGAGGUAACCGAGAAGCGGACGCAAAUGAAAUAUCUCGAAGCGCACCUGAUGAAAAAAAAGAAGCAAGCAAAUGA